GUCAGAGGGAAAGUGAGACAAAAACCUUUGACUGAUCUAUCCUGUGCUUUCUUCCUUCCCCACUGUCCUGCCUCAGACAGGUCAGAAGAAGCCUCCUGAUCCUGCUUGAGAAACUCUUUAUUUCUAGAUCUCAUGAUUGGCCUGAGUGUGACCUCAGAGUGUCUUGGGCUGUCCAUGACAAACAAUGCACUCCGCAUUGCUGGCAAACGUUUGCAUGUGGUAAACAAGAAGCAAGGGCAGUGAAAUUUUAAUGAGGGACUAAGGUCACCCUGCAGUCCCCAGAUGCCAACUCUGUGUACCACCUGACCUGAUUCCCUUACACCUUAAGCUCAUACCACAUUGAUUUGAGAUUUCCUUGAAACUGCACCUCCAACCUUAAAACCUUCUGUAUGCAGUCUGCCCUUUAGAUAGUCAUUGUUAGUCCCCCAAAUAUCAGCCUCCUUGUAAGUAGAGGAACAAAAUCUGAUCUUCCCCACGAUUGAGUCUCUGGGUGGUUCCUCAUGUGCCAUUAUUACAAUAGAGAAGAUUUAAUUUUUAAUACACGGUCCGCUACUCAUAAAUAUUUUCUUAGAAGCAUUUUAUAUAUUUGAGUUUAUACAUGGAAAUCUGUAGUUGUUUUCACUCACCAGGGUCCUGAAAGAAUUUUAUUUUACAGAUGAUAGAGCUGAUCACAGGUGUAUUCACAACAUAAUACGUAUCCAUAUCCUUUUGUCUGAUUUUUCUAUAUUCAAUACUGUGGCUGGUAGUCAAAUUGUAGCAUGGAGAGAAAAAUAGUCCACCCUACAACUUUAAGAAAAGGAGGUUUCAUUAGGCCUCAUAUAGUUUAGAGGAGGUGCUUCAUAGUCAGGUAAUUUCAUCGCAGGAAGAAAAUGAUGAAGGACCUGAGAGAGGAAAAGAUGAUCAUCUCAUGGAUGCCUGGAAAUAGAGUGAAGAAGGAAUCUGCAGAGAAAGAUCCACCCUUUAAAGUCCUGUCCCCAGUCACCUGCUUCUAACCAAGCUCCACCCCCUAACAGCACACUCAGCAGCUGAACUUAUUGCUAGAUGAAUCCACUAAUAAGUAUAGCACCCUCCUAACCUAUUAUCAUUCUAAAAGUCCCAUCUCUGAGUGCAUGAGAGUUUCAAGGAAUAUUUCAGAUCUAAACCACAUCAGUGAUCUUUCCAAAGAAAGAUAGCUCUGGUAUCCAAAGAAAGAUAGCACUUACCAGGAGUUUCCAGGGCUUGACCUUGACUCAUAAGGUCAGAUGCACACACAUGAUGCAUAUGGGCUUCACCCAAAUUGUUAGUUCACAUCAUCCACAUCUCCCAGAGCUCUCAAGAUAUGCUGUGUGAUGUGUGUUUGUCUCUCUUGCUUUCUCUGUCUCUAUCUUUUGUCUCUCGCUGUUCCUUUGUAUGUGCAUUUAUUAGAAAAUGAGUGAGAGAGAGAGAGAGAGAGAGAGAGAGAGAGGAUCUACAAAGGAAGAUGGGCCACUCUGAUCUUGCUCUGGACCUGAGCGCCUCAUUGCUCUUCACAGAGUGGAUUUGUUGAUGCAACUUUGCAAAAUUCAUUGUUAGAGCUUAUGCCCUUUCCUUGUAAAAUGUGUCAGUUUCUUAUAAGUAACACAUUUUCUUUCCCAUGAAUAAAGACAAAGAUGUAAUUUCCUAUGCAUUCAUAAAUUUCACUGUUUAAACAGGCAAAGAUACAUAUGUAUUUUAAGUUCCAAACCAUUCCUUGCCAAUAGAGAGCACACUCAUUUUUGUGUGCAUACUUUGACAUUUCCUGCCUAUUAAAUCCUUUGUCCUUUAUUAAAAUAUAUAAAAAAUUCUUUUGCCAUGAUAGGAGUCAAUGAACCUGAAGAUUAUUCUAUAAGUAAUGUGAGGCUCUGUUCAUCACCACUUUUGAAACUCCUGAAACUUUGUCUGGGAACUAAUAGGUUACAUGGCUAUGAUUUCACACAGCUAUUUCUCAGGAGCAUAGGAACUCAUCUUGAGGGAUCUAUAGAAAAUCCCAGAUGAAGAACCGAGAACUCCACUCUUGUAAAGAGUUCUUAAAGAACAGAAUAAGAGAUAGAUGACAGGAAGCAAGGAAAUAGUUUUAUGCAAGUAGGAAAGAGACAGAGAUAAGAAGGGAAGAGUGAUUGAAGUGAAGGAAAAAAUAAAAAAUUAAGAUGCAGAAACUAAAAAUUAAGCUGACUGAAGUUGAGAAAAUUUCAUAUGUGAUCAAAAUCCGUGUAUAUAUUUAAUUUUUAUAAAUGUCCCCAGUUAAAGACACAUUGCCACACAUCUCUCUUGAAAUGUUUCUCUUACUUGAAACUCACAUCCCAUUUUUCUUGCCAUUUUCAGAAACACUUUUAGAAGCCCCCUUUUGUGUGUGUGUGGGGAGGUUUGUUUUUAUUUUUUUGCACUCUUGUGGCUACUUUUAUGUACUAGAAUUACACAACAUGUUUAACUUGAAUAUUGUUUUGAUUUUGGAAGGGAACAAAAAAGCUUGGUGCUGGAUUUUCCAAGUACAUGGGUGAAAAUGACGCACCAUGACGUUUUUGUGGCCUGCCUUUCCAUGGAAUGGAACUCAGCACCAGGUCACAGGAAUUUGGAUCACACCUCAUAAAUUUAUGAAAGACUACGUCCUGAUAUGCUUCAGAAGGUGACAAGAAUCAUACCAAGAUUUGGUUGAGAGUGCUUCCCCUAUCCAGCUAGAACCUCCACAAAAGUGUGCCGCUUAUACUGCCAGGAUGCAGGACAUUAAGAAGAUCGGAUGUGUAAGAAAAGACAUCAUAAAAAGAAACUGCUGAGAAAGUCCGCUCUUUAGGGCCAACAUGAACAACUGACCCUCGGCCAUGCCACCCAGCCUUGGAGCCAGCUAAUUAUGCAUUGAAACCAACAAAACUGUGAGUUAAGACAAUCUUCUCUUUCAUAAACUUGACCAUCAGGAUAGCAGUGAGAGGAAAGUAACUAAGAUAUAGCUUGAUUUCAUUUUUAAACAAUAUUAAAUAAUAAAUGUUAUGGUUGCUCUUUGUAUCUUACAUACAAUUAAAGAAUUUUAGAUGUUUUUAGAGUUUAUCAUCACACGUAAUUCUGCAACUGAAUAUUCAUCACGUUAAUGGAAUUUAGAUGUACACAAUAAAAUACUCUAAUUAAGACAGUCUUUCUUAUAUGCCUUUCUCAGCUGUUUUAUAGUCUUACAUUUAAAAGCUGUAGGUCAACACUAUAUUAAUGAUGUAGAAGCUUUUUUUUCAGCUUUCUCCUGUCAUCUCUUGUAUAUAAAUUUUCAAAAUGUGAUCAAGUCUAGCUUCUGAGUAUCUACUCAUUGUGCCAUAGUCUCAAUGAAAGAACAAAGAACAUGUGCCUUUUAAUCAAUGUUCCUGAACAUUUAAAAACCAUGUAUUAUUAUAACUCAUUAGCUGGAACUUAGUCACAUGAGCAUACAUUGCUUUUUGAGACUCUAGAAAAGAUGUGUUUAUUCUAGGCAGUCAGAUACCUAGUUCUAGCUCAAAGGGUUGCUUUGUGAAAUAAAAAGAAACAAAUUAAUUACGAUUUAGUUAAUUUGGGCACAAUUAUCCUCUGUAGUUACACACACACACACACACACACACACAGUGAACUUCACAUUUAUUGUGCUAAGGAGAAUAUACUUACCCUUUUUCUAUCCCAAAUAUUGCUUCUUAUAUUUCAAAAUUCAUCCCAUUUUCUGAAGUCUGAGACUGUAAUGUUACGUAUUCCCCCUACAUAUGUAAUAUGGAUGAUGAAAUGGAAACAAAGGAUUCUAAAGAAACAAUCUCUGGUGAGGAAAAUGGGCUAAAAAAAGCAUAAGUUGAUAGUUGUCUAUGAUGGGACUCUCAUUCUACACUUUCUUAUUUGUGUAGAUUCUAUGCUUCAGGGAAAUGCAGUCUUUUUAAAUCACAAUUUAGAAAAUCUUCUUGUAAUCUCGCCAAAGAACUUCUUUGUGUGGUGCAUCCAGGGGUCCACAAGUCAGAAGGCUGAGAAAUUCAUUCUUUUCUUGAUGUCUCUCUCUCAUCUACAGUGAUUUUAGAGGGUUAGGGUUAGGGUUAGGUAUGCAUACAAAAUAGAGUAUAUCCAGCCAUAAAAAUGUCACUUGUCAGAAAACGGAUACAAGUGGACAUUGUUGUGCUUAAUAAUAUGGGAGACUUGGAAAGAUAAUUCAUCAUGUGUUGUUUCUAUUAUGAAGUACAUUUAAAAAAAGAUAUGAAAAUAGAAGUGACAUUACUAUUAUAUAAAAGGAAAAGAAUAAAGCUUUCCAGAGGCAUUCGUGAGGUUGGAUAUCAUCAAGAUAUAUUAUACACAUUUAUGAAAAUAGCACAAAUCUCUUAUAUUUUGAAAAUUAAUAUGUGCUGAUAACAUACAUCUACCAAGUUAAAAUAUUACCAUGUAGUAUUUUACCUGAUGAAAGUGCAAGAGCAAAAAUGCUGAGAGAAAGCAUAUCAAGCCACAAGUGAAGUUUCCUCCGAAUCUGAGGAUACGUGUACCUAUAUCUUGCCAUGAGAAUAUACUUAAUUAAUGGAUUUUAGAAUAAUAGUGUCUUUCUCAGAGUUGUAGCUUGGCUAUUGAAAAUUUAUUUCUAGAAUUUUGGAAAGACACGACAUAAAGUGAUUAUCUGAGGGCUCAUUUGUAACCUACUCUUAUUAUUGUCAUUUUUCACUGUCUUACAAGUAAACCCAACCAUGAUUUUUGAAAGACGGUUAGGCAGGAAUAGACCAAUAGAGAUUUUUGCAACCUUCGAGAGAAAAUUUAGUCAUUGAAGAAGAGCCAAAUCCAGUUCAGUUUUACCAAGUGGAAAAAAAUCUGUGUAGUCUGUAGAGUCAGUUGUGAAGGCAGCAGCAUGUCUGCUUGUCCUAACACAAUACACCCUUCCUGGUAGACCCCUAGGGCUCAACCUUACUAUCCCUCGUGAAGUGGUGUGCAGAGUACAAGUUACGCUCCAAGACAAUGUGGUUAAGGUAGAGCAUAAAACAAAAUAAAUGAAUUGAUUUAAGAAGAAACCAUAUAAUGUAGUUCCGCUACUGUUGAAAUUUAGAGCAGAUGCAAGAUUAUAAGUAUAGAAGCUUAAGUUGAUUUGUAAACAUCAAAAGAACUAACACACUAUAAUCAAUGUAAAAAUCUGUUGUCAGAAGAUCUUUUUUAAGAAAAAGUAAUUCUCUGUUUUUGGGAGAAUAUACAGAAAAAAGUAUUGUUCAAUUUGGCUACAGAAUUGGCCUAGGGCAGCCACUGACUCAGUGGCUCAUCUUUGAUCUGAAACAAAUGGAGAAAAGAACAUGCUGAAAGCUGUAUGUUAGCGGAAGGUUAAAGAACAUCUGUCUUGGCACUGAUAUGCUCCUCAUGCCUGCGUCCUCAGACCUCGGCAGACAUUACACCUCACAGCUGAAUCCAUAGCUGUGAUAGGAUCCUUGAAAAUAACCCUUUUAACCUUCUGAAUGCUAGAUGAAGUGCUGCAUUUGUUACCACUGGAUCGCAAUAAUACCAGGAUUGGUUAAUUCUGCAUAUUGCCAGAGAUGCUCUUAAGUAAUGUACCACAAUUUAUCUUUCCUCUUCAGAGGAUUAAUCUCCAGGAAGGAGUUUCUGUUGUGAAUUCAGGCUAAAGAUGCUUUCUACAGUUAUGUAAGAAUACACAGGAUGAUUAUUUGCAUUGAAAGAGUCUGUGAGAUUCAGUCUAUGUUCAAUGUAUAGGUGGACAUCUGGGCCCAGCCUCAAGUUUUUAUUCAAGGUGUGAAGUUCAGAAAGUCAUUCCUGCCUGGAGGCACUGAGGACUGGUCAGUCAUAAUCACUGCAGGGUGAAUUCCUCCUGCCCAUGAGGUCAAAUUCAGAGAACAACACAAAAAGCACAUCCAUGGUCCUCCCUGUCCUUUGCUCUACCUAUCCCUUCCCGCAGGCAAUCAUUCCCUUGCCUACCACUGCAGUCCUCUCCCACUACCAAUUUUCCCUUCAUGUUUCAUUUGUCAACCCAGUUAAGAGCAGAGAUUCUGACAGAAUAAGACAGAACAUGAGCUCCUUGUCUAACUAGAAAGCCAUGCUGUCCCUGGUUUUACUCAUUUAAAUUGUCGCAUUUAAGAGAAUGCAAAUAAAUAUGUAAGGCAUUCCCUGAUUUCAGAAUUCUCAUUGGUACACUACAAAUGGAACUUUCCUUGUUAUUUUAUAAUGGCACACUGGAAACGGUAAGGUGAUGAAUUUGCUUACAUGUAGUCUUGCUCUGCAUGGCAAUGUGCAAUGGCAGAAAGACAAGAUACUAAACUAUACCAUGUUAUUCAAUCAUGAGAUGGGAGCAGGAUAUUCUGGAGGUUAGAGAAGGAGCAGGUCACACAGGCUUCUCAAAAAAAUAUGCCUAGAUGAAUGAGAAAAUUGAUGCAAGUGAGGACAAAUUGAUGUGGAAGAAAAUUCUAGAUUAAAAAAAAACAUAAGGGUCAUGGCAAGACCUGAAAAAAAGAGACAGAGACAGAGACAGAGAGGUAGAGAAAGAGAGAAAGAGACAGAGAGAGAGAGGAGGUGAGGGGAAGAUGGAUACUGCUUGGGAUAGUCAGAGGCACUGAAGAAGGUCUUUAACAUGAAAGGAGUCAUAUGGGGCUGGAAUUAAGGGAUGUCCAGGGAUGGAGGUAUACGUGUGAGAGACAGGAAGUGAUAGUUUAAAAAUGCACAAGUUGAUUAAACCAGUCAGGAAGGGAAUAUAGAAUGAGAACAACACUUCAAAUAAGGAAGUCAAAGAAACAAAUGAGCCAAAGGACACUAAAUCCAAGAAGGAAAAUGAAUAAAUUGAGAGACCAAGAGCACACACAAGAACAUGUGGUAUGUGGACAAUUAAAGUGUGUAGACAUCAAGGUGUAUAGAUAAAUUUGGCAUUAAAAUAUCUAAUGAUGGCAGAAGAAACCAUCCUGGUGAACAAAGGACUUUUCUCCCUUGUCAAGAUAAUUUCAAUGAAUUAUGAGAUAUGUGGUCUGGUAGUGUUUUAGGCUGUGUUUCAAAAAAGCACUUCUUAGACAUUGGGGGACACAGCAUACCAUUAUCUCCACAUUGGUUUUCCUUCCCCACCCCCACUUAACACCAUCAUCCCAGAGGUAACCAAUGGGAAGUGGUGGGGCUGUCAGGAUGGGCACAUGGCAGGCUUCUGGGGAUGUGUGGCACUGGGUUGUUCCAGGACAGAGAGCAAAAUAAGAGCCCCUGAAUAUCUCUCAGCACAGGGAAACUGAGCCCAUGAUGCUUGACAAAUCGUGUUUCCGCGAUUUCCUCUCAAUUCACCCCCUAACCAGCUCAGCAGUGGGCCACUCCCGUUGCUAAGGUUCUGGACCAAACACUGAACAUUCCAGGCCAGUACUGUGGCUCAGCCAACUGGUCACGCAGCCUUGCGUGAUGUAGUGGGCAGACACUAUGAGUCUUUUGACCCUUCUUUGGAUUUCAUGGAGAACUUUUUGUUCUGUUAGAAGUUGGUUGGCAGUGAGCAGAGAAAAAGGGCUUGCUCUCCAGCUCGCAGGACUCAUGAAAGAAAAGUGCCAACUCUUGGACCAACUCGGCCAGCUUCAGAAAGAAUAGGAAGCCUUAGAGACAACUCUCAAGGAGGCCGGCCCAGAAGAGGAGGCCAGGGCAGCACAGCGUUGGAAGGCAGCCAAAGAGAAGGUGUUGCUGUUGAGGAACAGAUCGAAGAUUCGAGGGCAGGUAGACCGCCUCCUCAAAGAGCAAAAAGAGCAUGUUCGACAACAGCAAUCAGAGAUGGCAGAGACAGCAAACAGGAUCGGGUCCCUGGCAGAGGAAUUAACAUCAGUGACUUCGGAAAUAGCUAACAUGAAAUUCGCCUUGUGGAACAUGGGCAAAGAGCGGCUCCAGAGAGAAAUGACAGUUGCUCUGAGUGAGAAUGCCCAACUCCCCGAAAGCCACUCACAGCUUUCCCAGGAAGCUCAACGGGGAAAGGAACGAGGGGCUGAAGUCAAGAGCCAACUGGAAAAUGGUCCUGUCUCAGGUCAUCAGCCAGUGUCUUUGGAGAAACCAGUGUAUGGUGCUCGAUUAAAUGCGUCCUUAAAGACCACGGAAGAGCAAAGAAACCAACUUUGCACUCAACUCUGGGAGGCAGAGAACACUGAGAAAGAACUGAAAAAGUCUCUGUAUAGUCUCCAGACUCAGAAAACAUCUCUGGAGUCAGCCACGGCACAGCUGCAAGGCGAGCACCAAAAGCUUGAGCAGAAGGUCAGAGUGAUGGGUGAGGUUCACCACCAAACUGUGCCGCCAAGCCACACCAAACUGAGACAGCAGGCCAGAGUCCGGGCAGAGCAAGGAAGGAAACUGCCCAUACGGGAAGAGGAGGUGGGCCACACUGCUCAAGAGCUGGAGACCUACAGGAAAAUAGCCCAGGACAUGCAGGAGGAGUGGGAGAAAACCAUUCGCUCUCACCAAAGGCAGCUGACCUGCAUGCAGAAAGAAGCCCGCAAGAACUGGGCUGCAGCUGCCACUGCUGGAAGCCUGCUCCGGGAGUUAAGGAGGGGAAAUGCUCGCACCAAAGAGAUCCUGCGUGCCAUGGAGAUGAAGGCUCCCCACUUGGGCCAAGAUCCUGACACGCAUGGUGUGAUGAAGAGCUCAGCUAGAAGACAGCAUUGCCUGCGUGGUCCUUCCCGUCGAGGGAGGCCAGGCUUAGGAAGGAAAUCUGCUCACCUUAGUCCUCCAACACUGUGGGAGGAGCCGCUGGCAUGCUAGGCUUCCUCCCAGUAGGUCCAGGAAGCCCAGCCUGGGGCUUUGAUCAUAUUGUAGUAUAUAAGAUAGUACAUGUCUAAAAUUUUAUUUAUGUAUAAAUGUAGAACUUAUGAUGUUUGUAGAAUUCUUAAGCCAUUGUGAUUUACUUAAAUUUUACUGAUACCCUUAUUCACAUUAAGCUUUUGCUUCUUUAUCUACAGAAUAUUUUUGAUAGCAAGUGGACACAGAAACUAUAAAGCAUACACAAUAGAAAUUCAAGCUUUUCCAUAUUUCAGGAGAUAUGUUUAGAGAUGAUAAAACUGUGUAGUCAAAGCUCAUUUAGAAACAAAGCUCUAUACUUUUAAAUGCACACAACUUAAAUUUGAAUUGUAUUUCAAAUUCAUGGAAUACUUAUGGAUGCCAUAGAAACAAAUGUGAGUUUAUUGUGUUAAAUUAAGUAAAAUUAUGGACAAAAUUAGUAGAGAACACUUCAAAAUGGCCCCAAAUAUUCUUAGCCAUUCAUAACAUCAUAUUUUACUGUUGACAGGGGUUUUUUUCAUAGAAAAAGCAGACUGAUUGCUUCCUAUCUGCAGAUUUUCAAAUGUAUAGGAUCCUAUCCUAUAACCCUUUUCCCAGAUGGUUGGAAAUAGCAAUUUCUCAUGUGUUCAAUUUUGUAUUUCUCUAUGACUUCAUGUAUUGACUAUUUCCUUUUCUUUUCGAAACAGCAACAAAAACUAAGAUAUAUUCCCUUUCCUUAAUUUCUAAUGAAGUCAAAAAGGUGAGGAUUUGCUAAGCAGUAAUAUCACAUUCAUUAAAGACAUGAUAAGGCUUUCAAAAUAACUUUUGAUGACUUCAUUAAAAUUUUUGAUGAAAAAAAAAGCCUAGAAAAUUCUAGCAAUACUCUGUCAACCCUGAAAAAAUUUUAAGUUCUCAUAAUAGGACUCAUUAGUCAAAUAUACUAUUCUUGAGGAAAUAAUGUAGAAAAGAAAAUAGAAAAGACUAUGUUGGAAGCAAGAUAGUGUGUUCAGAAUAUGUCUGUAGGUCUAAUUUGUAGUUGUCUCUGCAUUUUUUGUGUUGGACAAUGUAGCGAAAUUACCAAGCUGCCCUUUGAUAAAUUGUUUCAUUUUCUGAUAUAAGAUAUAUAAUUCUAAAUUAGAUUGUUUAUUUAAUUGAAUUUUAUUAUUGUUAUAGUAUGUAUCUAGAAGACAUCAUUCUUAAGCAUAAGAGAACAUAUCUAUCUGUGUUUUCAGUUCUUAUUGAAACUAGGGUGUCAUUUUAUGCCAGAAAUGCUCUGCAACACUGAGCUACAUCUCUAGUCCCAAGAGUAAAAUAAAAUACAUAAUAAGUCCUAUGAAGUAGGAAUUUUUUUAUUACCGGGAAUAUUACUGCUGUAGAACAAUAUCUGAACUCAAUUAAACAAGGAGAUGUCAUUUACACUUGGCUCCCAACAGUAAAAACCAUUUAUUAAAUGUUAAAGUCCUACUCAAACUUUUUAAAUUGAGAAGUAGAAAAAUUACAGGCUAAGCACAAAAAUAUCAUAACAGUUUUGUGUGUCUAUCAUUUAAUGUAGUAUACAAUGAAUUUCAAAUGCUUCCAAAUAGAAGCUAUUAUUUUUUAUAAAAUAUCUCUUGUUUAAUUGUUUUUAAAUAAAAUGGUAUACAGAAAAUUGAUCUGAUGUGCAUGCUUAAUACAAAUACUAAAAAAUAAACCCUUUAUCAUAUCUUAGUGCUAUAUUCAGGUUAUAUUGAACAGAAUUUAAUUUGAAAUUUUCUGUUGUUUCUCUGACACCCAAAGUUGAUAACAUAUUAAAAUUUACAAUUCAAUUUCCAAAAAUGUACCAAGUGAAAUAGGGAAAAAUCAUAUAAAUAUUUAAGUCAGGUGUAGACCUUGAGACAUACAGGCAUCACGCUUUAAACCCAUUAGUUUUUUUUAUCAAUAUUGUGUCAGAAAUGUACUACGCUUCACAUAUGACACUAAUAAGAUUAGAAAUGAAUUUAAAGAAAAGCAAAGAAAUAAAAACAUUAAACACUAUUGUACCUUGCCAUGGUUGGUAGUAAUUCAUUACCAAAUUUCACACAGUCAACAGGUAUCUAAAAUGAAUAUUUUCAAAGAAAUAGUGGCUCAGAAACUAGCGGAAGUAUGAGGGUAUGAGGGUCGCAAUGGCCGCGUCACUUAGUAAUAGUAAACUUAUUGAAAAGCCUUUUUGAGGGGCUGGGGAUUUAGCUCAGCGGCAUAAGCGCCUGCCUUGCAAGCAGGCGGUCGUGAGUUUGAUCCCUGGUACCGAUAAAAAUGAA